CUUCCGGUUCUCCCUGCCGACAACAUGCUCCAGUUCCUGCUUGGAUUUACUUUUGGAAACGUGGUAGGAAUGUACCUGGCUCAGAACUAUGACAUACCAAACCUGGCUAAAAAACUUGAAGAGAUUAAAAAGGACCUCGAAGCCAAGAAGAAACCCCCUAGCUCCUGAGGCUGCUGCAAGCACUGCGUUCUGUACACACUGCUCUCCUGCCUGCGGUGGCCUCCCUGGACUUCUGUUCCCAAAUUUUUCUGUGUGCCGUCUCCAGUGUCAGCGAUUUUCCUCUUUGCUAGACU